UCAGUCUGAUAACUAAGAGAGCUGCUGAAUGACUAGUGAGUGGGUAGCAUAUGUCACCCUGGACAAAAGGGUGACUGAUGUCCCAGGUGAGAUGGGGAGGGAUGGCCCAAAAUGUCUUCACACUACUUGUAAGAGCUCGUGGUAUAAAACUUAUGAAUUCUUCAUUUAUUGAAUUUUGUAUUCAAUAAUUUUAUUCUGUGGUUAAUUGUGGGUAUCUGAAACUGCACAGAAUAAAAAGCCCACAGAUAAAGAGUAGGAAGAGACUAUUGUAAAUAAUAUCUACAUAACUAACAUCUGAGAGCAUCACCAUGCCACACUAAGAGGCAGAGUAAAUAAAUAGGGCUUCCUACAGUUUUGGUGGAAAAUUCAACAGAGUCAGAAAUAGUGUUAUUACUAUAGUGAUUAAUAACAGUAACAUAUAAAUACUUACUGUGGGCCAGGCAUUUUUUUAAGUGUUAUCAUCCUCACAACAAUGCUGAGUGGAUAUUUAUUACUCCCAUUUGAUGGAAGGAAAAAUCUCAACUGCAGAGUAAGUAAUGUGCCCAUAGUCUACCGCAGAGCCAGGCUUUCUUGCCUCAACACUCAUAAUCACUGUGCUGCACAGCCUAGUCCAGCUCAUUCAAGUUCCUGAGGAUGUUAUUUACAGGAUGUACUCUGCUGAGAGCCAUGUUAGGUUAUUAUGGGGAUAGUUUGAGGGCAUGAAGAUAGUUAGCCAUAUUGAAGUGGAAUAAUACAGCAUGUCCAACAUCCUCACAAAAGCAGAACUGCUCAGUCUGCCAUAAAAGUUUAUCAAACAAGAGAAAGGGCACUCAACUAAAGGCUAAAUAGAUGCUGAGUGUAAUACAGGUACAUCCACGGCCCAGCAUAUGAUUUAGGUAGGUGGCUAGCUAUUCUUUGCAUUACAGUUGAGAAGUCAUUACAUGAAUUUUGUGCCAAUUCUUAGAAAAAGGUCUUGAUGUGACCUUUUCUCUGACUCAGAGGUCAUGGAAGAAGCAUGUAUAUUAAUAAUUAUGAGUUCAUUUAUUCAAGUAUUUAUUGAGUACCUACUAUGCAUAGGUCCUAGGUACUAGGUAUACAUUGUGAACAAAACAUGAUGUACCUGUCCUCUGCAAGCUCAUAUUCUAAUGAGAGGACGCCUGUCCCCACCCUUAAGCAGAGUAGACUUGGGCCAGCAUGAGAAGAGUAGAGAGUAGUAUCUGUGAAGGCCCAGAGGAGGGCCUCUGUGUCUGAGUUGUCUGUCACUGAUGGGCCCUCCUUGUGUCACUGUUGAUCGUCCUUGUCAUAGGAGAAGACCUGCAACAAGAAGCAGAUGUUGCCACAGAAGAUCCACAAGAGGAGGAUGGCUCCCUCCUUACAGCAACUGAUAUAGACGACAGGUUCGAGACCCUGGAAGCUGGAACAUUUCAUGAAGAAGCUGAAGAUGAUUACCAUGUGGAAGAGACAGUUCCUCAGGACAUGGAAGAGAUGAUGUAUGACCAGGAAAACCCAGAACACAGUGAACCAGUAGAAUCAGUAGUAGAUGAUGACAGAUUAUACCAGGAUACAGAUGGUAUAACAUACCAAGAAGAUACUGAGCCAGUAUAUGAACCUUCAGAAAGUGAGGGGAUAGAAAUUUCAGAUAAUGUGGAAAAUUCAAAUAUAGUUUCAGAAGAAGUAAGUGUGCCACCUGUGGAAGAACAGCAAGAAGUACUGCCAGAAACAAAUAGAAAAACAGAUGAUCCAGAACGAAAAGAAAAAGGAAUACCUCUACCUUAUAGCGAUGAAACAGAAUCUACAUUUGAAAAGGUGUAGCGUAUAUGAUGUUUAUGACCUUGCUUAAUGUG